AUUAGUCUAGCAUUAUCGGCUUGAAAGUCUUCAGAAUUCAUCAGAUAUCUUCUCUUUAUGGUCAGGUUCUUCCCAGGUCUUCUUGCGUUUUAGUGUAUUUCUUUUCCUUAUACAUAACAGAACACCCACUGUUGCACGCAAUUCAUACCUGUGCAUGGUAUUUAUGCCUCCCUCAAAAAUUGCAGCACAAUUUCCCCAUCUCGUUGCAGUCUCUUCUCUAUUGCAUGAGCCUUUCGGCCAUGCCGCUCAGAAGUGGCAUUAAAAUGAGCGCACAAUGAACCUAGCUGCGAGGCUCAAUGAGCCGUUUGCUUGACGGUGGAAACUUUUGUCGGGGAACAAGCGGAAGCCUGAAAGCUCGUACCUGAGAGAUGUUGGCUUUCUGGCCUCGUAUGAAAGCAACUUAUCCGUUGGCCGUGAAUGGAGGGCUCUUUCCGUCUUGCGCAGGUCAACGAAGUUUCAGGAAUCCUAAAUGUGCUGUUUCCUUGUGCUGCUCUGGCAACCACUACUCAAGAUGUGCCUUUACUUGUCUUGCCCAAAGCGCUCUCAGCAACAAGCAAAAAGGAGGGGGAAAGCCCACAAGAAUCCUGAUAAAAUAAAGGUAAAACUGAAUCCUCGAAAUAGCUCAGACAGCUCUCAAGACGAGGUCCUUCUCGUCGCUGAAACUUCUGCUGAAGCGUCAGCAAGCACUCCGGACUAUCCCUCAUCGCCUAACAUCCUCCUCGUCAAAAUGGGCGAUGCAUCACGCUUCCAUAAGUCUCCGCCUCUGCUGCAGCCUACCUCUGGGUGUAAUAGGAAAAAAAGUACAUGCGGCGACUGUCACCACAACUCGAAGGCCUCGCAAAGUCCGUCAGAUGAAGAACCUCAUACCACCACUGGGUCAUAUGACAGACCACGUCAAUCGAACCAAAACUGGGACAGCGACUGGGACUAUAAACCGCCUUCUCAACAUACAGUUCCUGCCCCUGCACCUUCUCAAACAUCCUCAGCCAAUUCUAGCUCGACCAAUAGUAUGAUGGGUGCACAGCUGCUUGAGCCCAACCAAGCUUUGAUGUCAUACCCCUAGAUCUAUGUCUAUCCCAAAAGCGCCGCUCACCUCAGCUUCCCUGUCGUAGACUAUAGCACCAAACGCCGGGAGCCUGGCACAUCAUGUCCAC